CAAAUUAGGGGUGGGGGGGGUAAUAAGCAUUUGGAAAAAUGGAAGCCUUAUUCUACAAAAUCUAAUUAAUCCCAUUAGCUCGGUGGUCCAGUGUUAAGACAUCUGCACUAGAAAGCAGGAGGUCGUGGGUUCGAGUCCCACCCGAGUGAUAUUUUCAAACUUUCACUCGGGAGGUAACACACUGAGUAUGCAGUGUUUAUACGUCAGUGAAGGGCUAAACCUAAUUUGAUUUACAUCACCCCGACAUGUACAUGUACUUACAUAUCUCCCUGCGUAUUAAAACCGGUUGGGCAAAAUUGUAUGGAAAGACAAUGUAGGUGACAUUUUCUGCUGUUCAGUAAAAACUAAAAAUGUUCCUUCUUGUGAAGGAAGUGUGUACACUAAUCCACCACUAAUGUUUAUUUAGUCCGGUAAUCUAAUGCAUUCAAUUAAUACUAAAUAUUGGGCCCUAAAUCAUGGCCUAUACUACUGUUAUCAAAAAGUCGCCCACUAUGCUUUCAUGUAAAUGUACCGGUAGCAGAACAUUCUGAAUGUUAUCGUAUUUUAUGGGUUAGCAAGAAAAAUUGGUUGUAUGCAUAAAAACAUCCCGUAAGUAACUAAGAAUUCUGUGGUAACAAGGAUGGCACAGAAUGAUGGCUUAAAGUAUAAGCACCUUCAAGUUGUGGUGAUUGUAAGCACGAUCGGAGUUCCGGGGUUAGCAGAUAGAGCCAUGUGUACAUCUAAAGCCGGCCUCAGGUCGACCUGCGAUUUACUUGCGCCGCGACGGAACCAUCGGCAUCAAGCACAAAAGUCAGGUCACACAACUCAGAACUCAUUUGGUUACUGUGGAGCAAGUGGCAUCUUGGCACAGAAUAAUCGCAACCAUGUUCAUGUCACCCACAACGCGACGACAAUUCAUAGUGAAAUAGAUGAUCCCGAUGCGCGCAUGACGUUGUAACUUCACACAGGUCGACUGCAAUUGAUUCCCAGGAAUGUGUUUAUUUAUUACAUUUCUUUACCCAGGGUAUGCCCAAACAGUUUAAAACUUGUUUCCAUUGAGGCCCUGCAUACAAUAAAAAAUGACUACAAACAUGUAUAUAUAAACAAAUACAAUACAUUACGAAUACAAUACAAUUCAAUACAAUGGGAUGAAAGCAUUAUGUUGCAUCGCAGAAGUUCAAAUUGUUCUACUACUGCAACUACUUGGUUUUUUGUUUUUUGUUUUUGUAAGCGCCAACUGAUGCCAAUCAUCUUAAUAUCAUCGCAGGUUGCAGAAAAUGGGCAGCUGUAAAUAAAGGAAAAACCAAGGCAACCAUUAGUCAACCACUGAAGUUUCAAGGCUUCUCCUAAUGUCAAGAACUUCAAGAUUACUUGAGAAGGCUUCAGGCUAGACGUCAUCAAAGUGACUUCACAGGUGCGGCCAUUUGCUACUUUGGAAAGUUCAGCAGUGUUCACUGAUCAUCAACUGGGAUUCCAAGAGAGAAAAGCAAGACCAAAACCAAAGAACACUCAAGAUGUUCAUGUUGGUGUUCUUCUGUGCAGUCCUGCACAUGCUGGCAGUUGCACAAGCAGAGGCCCAGUAUUUCAUCAUUGCACCCAAUGUCAUCCGUGUGGAUGUAGAAGAAACCAUUCUUGUCAAUGUUUUUGGAACCAGCGAUGGCGAUGUGGUACCAGUGACACUUUAUUUCCAAUUGACUGGCAGCAAUCAGAGAAUUUCAGCGACCACUGUUAGAGUUACAAAAGAUAACCCGCAAGAGGCAAUCCUGCAGAUUCGCCGGGACCAAUUACCCCAGCAGGAUACCAGCAAACAGCAGUUUAUCACGCUGGUCGCCACUGCCAACACGCCACAACUCCAGAUCAAUGACCGACGUACUAUCCUACUCAGCUACCAGUCUGGGUUUGUCUUCAUUCAGACAGAUAAGCCACUGUAUACGCCAACCCAACGAGUGGAUAUCCGUGUUGUUGCACUCGAUCAGAAAAUGCAUCCUACUUAUCAUAACUUGAAGGUGGACAUUGUCAACCCAGAUCAAAUCAUUGUUCAUCGCUACGAGAAAGCACCACAGAAAGGAUUCCUGACUAUCAACUUUGCCUUUCCCCCACUCCCUGUCUUUGGGAACUGGACAGUAGUUGCUUACUACGGGCAUAAGUUCAAAGCUAACACCUCAAUCCAGUUUGAAGUAAAGGAGUAUGUGCUGCCUAAGUUUAAUGUUGAGGUCAGCACCCAAGAGAAGUACAUUGUACCAGAAACUGACUAUCUGGUCACCUAUGUUACUGCCAGGUACGCUUUUGGUGAGACAGUGGUCGGUAGUUAUCUUGUGAAGUAUGGAGUGUACACCGACGAUGGAAAUCUGACAAUUCUUCAGAUAAAGCAAGGCGAGUUGAAUGAUGGCCGUGCCUAUGAGAGAAUGACAAUGGCUGAUGUGACGUUGGAGAAUUGGGCUGAGACACUGAUGGGCAAGCGGCUGGUCAUCCAGGCCUUCGUGACAGACACAGCCACAGGCGAGACCAUCAACACCAACAACACUCAUGUCACCUUCAGCAGGACACCCUACAAGUUUAACUGGGACCUCACACAGCGAUACUUUAAGAAAGGCUUGCCAUUUGCUGUAAAGGCCAAUGUCCAAUUCAUCAGUGGCCUGCCGGCUGCCAGUAUUAGUGUGGCUGUCUCAGCAGUGGCUCAGCUGGAGAAUGACAGUGAGGUGGCACUGGAGGGUUCGCUGGCCAACAAUGCUCAAGAAACCUUGACUAAGGUAUCGGGCUCCCAAGGCGAGGUGGAUUUCAGGCUUGAUGUGCCCUCAGAUGCAACUGGGAUCACCAUCACUUUGGAGACUAGAGACGGUGAUUUGAGUGACGAUGCCCAGAGCCAGGGUACAUUCAUUGUCCUGCCCCAAGAGUCAAGCAGCGGUGAGUUCCUACUGGUUCAUCGCCCAUCCUCAGGAGGAAACAGACGGACACAGACUGGAAGGAGCAGCUCCAUAGAAGUGCAGUUAACACAUCCUGAUAAUGUUGAAACUCUCCACUUCUUUGUCAUCGCUGGCGGCAAGAUUGUACACGAGGGAUCCCGACAUCAGAUCAAUCCCAACAUGGACCUUGGAAUCAGGAUAACUCAAGACAUGGAACCGUCAGCGCGGGUGGUUGCGUAUUACGCCAGCACAACUGGAAACAUCAUCGCUGAUUCUCUGUUCUUUGAAGUCCGGGAGAUGUGUGAAAAUCCUAUUCAUUUGGAAUUUGAAGGCCUCGAAAAAGAGAGUCGCGACGAAGUAAUGGUCUUCCAGACAGAUGGUAGUGACAAGAACGUUGAGUUGCGGAUCAGUGCAUAUGAGUACACCAACAUCGGUCUGCUUGCAGUGGAUGAAGCCAUAUUUACCCUGCGUAAUUAUCACCGACUUACUCAACAGAAGGUAUUCAAGAGAAUGGCUGGCUAUGAUCUGGGGUGUGGACCAGGAGGCGGCCCCACGACAGCAACCAUCUUCAAGGAUGCUGGAGUUACUCUCAUGACCAAUGCAGGUGUGGACGUUCCUCAAAGAGAAGCUCUUGGCUGUCCCACAGAAGCCACAAGAUCACGAAGAUCAAUUAGUCAGACUGAGCAGGAUCAAAUCUUAAACCAAUACCUUGCACCCCUGAGGCGCUAUUGCCAGAAGGGAAUGAGGAAGCUAAAGGACCCAGACAGCAUGAAUUGUGCUCAACGUGCAAAACACUUCGCUAGGCGUAACCGUCUGGAUUUGGAAUCGCCUGAAAUGGACGCCUUUUUUGAGUGCUGCAAGGCAAUGACAGAAGCUGACAGGGGUGGUAGGACUGGUGUUGUGGGUGGCAGUGACCCAGUCAAUCUGGAGAGUGUUCUAGUGCGGUCAAAUUUCCCAGAGAGCUGGCUGUUUGACGAAGUGGAUACUGAGGAAGAAAUUGUCAUACGCCACCGGGCGACUCUGCCAGACUCUGUGACUACUUGGGUGGUAGAGGCCGUGGGAGUUUCUGAAGACUAUAAGAUAUGCGUGGCUGAUCCAAUCAAGCUUGAAGUCCGCCCCCCAUUCUUUCUGGAUGUCAGCAUGCCGUACUCGGUCCAACGACUGGAGCAGAUAGAAAUCCUAGUGUCUGUGUUCAACUAUGCUGAUGUUGCCUUACCGGUGUAUGUUUAUCUGAAAGGUGUUGAGGGUCUAUGCUCUGAGGCCCAGCCUGGUAGCUACUCGGCCCGUGUAACCAUUGAGGCUCUCCCAAAGACGCCUACCUCUGUCAAAUUUGUCGUAGUGCCUCUAGAAGCCAGAACACUGCCCAUCGAAGUUGUUGCCGUCACAAACUCCAGCACCAUCAAUUUCCAGGAUGCUGUACGGAAGCUCCUGAAUGUCCGGCCAGAAGGCUACAAACAGAGAGACACCGUAACAAUAACAGUGGAUCCAGAAAAUACUCGUGGAUCUCCCCGCAAUACCAUGGCCGGGGGAAGGAAUCAGUCCUACCAACACACCCAGUUCUGGGAUGCUGAGAGUGAAAGCAAACAAGUGGAUAUCAUCCGCUAUGAGCUCAACAAUGAGGCCAUUCCCGGCACUCACCAAGUCCAUUUCAGCCUCAUGGGCAAUGUGAUGGGCAGUGUCAUUGAGACAGUCUUAGGAAGCCUAGAUGACCUGUUGAGGAUUCCCCGGGGCUGUGGAGAGCAAACCAUGCUCUAUCUCGCCCCUAACGUAUACAUCUACCGAUACUUGAAGUAUACCGAUCAGUUCACAGCUUCACAUGAGACCUCUUCCCGCCAGUACAUCGGAGAUGGCAUUGCCAAUGAACUGACUCAUCGUCGAUCUGAUGGAUCUUUCUCAGUCUGGGGAGACAAUCCUUCGUACCCUAGCAGCACAUGGUUGACGGCAUUUGUCAGCAAAGUCAUGUGUCAAGCCAAGGAGUUUGCCUUUGUUGAUGAUGUCAUUACCUGUCAGGCCAUGGAGUGGUUGAUCACACAAACUCAGGAAGAUGAUGGUUCCUUCAAGGAACUCUACAGAGUUCAUCACCAAGAAAUGACGGGUGGAGUCCAAGGCAAGGCCUCUCUGACUGCAUAUGUCCUCAUUGCUCUUGAGGAAUGUAAUUGCAAGACUAUAAGCAAAAAUGCAUCCGUUGCUGCUGCCACCUCAUUCCUGGAGCGUGAGUUGCCAGCUUUGACCCGUCCCUAUGCCAUCGCUAUCACCUCAUACGCCCUGGCCCUUGCCAAGAGCAUCAGUGCAGAAGAUGCCAUAGAGCAGCUGAGAGACAUCGCUAUAUUUGAUAGAGCAACAAAUUCCCGCCACUGGGGAUCAGAUGAUUCGUCCUUCGGUGCUGGCACAAAGCCCUACUGGUACAGCAACCGGCCUAAAGCCAUUGAGGUAGAAACCACUAGCUACGCAGUGCUGGCAUUACUGAAGGUAGGCCAAAUCCAGUAUACUCAUGCCAUCGUGAACUGGCUGACCAACCAGGAGAACUAUGAAGGUGGCUUCGUGUCCACACAGGACACAGUUGUAGCUCUUCAGGCCUUGUCUGAAUAUGCCAUACAAACAGACCAAACUACUGUUGAUAUCAACUGUCAUGUGACCUGCGCAGAGAGUUCCUUUGAAGAGCGAUAUUUGCUGAAACCUCACAAUGCCAUCGUCCGGCAACACUCCCCAAUCUCUAUUCCAGAGUCGACAUCGCAGUUCAUUGUGUCCUUCGACUCACAGGGAGUUGGCAUGGGUCAAGUGAAAUUUGAAUCCAACUACCACAUCCCAGAACCAGACUAUAGGAAAUGUGACUUUGACCUUACCAUAAACGGUAAAGAGGGCAAGUCAGGAGAUGGUGGCUCCAACGGAGAUGGGGGUAACAUCCCAGGAGAUGGAGACAGCAGGUCCAGGGUGGGGAGGAUACAGCGCAAUGCCAUGGAAAGAGGAAGUGGCCUUGAAGAUAGCGAUGGGAGCAUUGGUGAUGCCAAUGAGUCACCAGUGAGGGGGCGUGCAGGGGGUUCAGGCAAUGAGUACCACUUCAAUUAUGACAUCAAAGUCAGGUACUUGCGAGGAGAAGAAACAGGGAUGGCCAUUGUAGAUGUGGGAUUGUACACCGGCUUUAAACCCAAGAAAAGAGAACUAGACGAUGUCAAGGAACAAAGUGGAGGGGUUAUCCAGCGCUAUGAAGUGACGGAUCGGUCAGUCGUGUUUUAUCUCACAAAGAUCACCGAGGAGUACACUGUUAUCAACUUCAACGCUCAGCGUGUGUUUAGUGUUGGAAAGGCCCAGCCAGUGGCUGUCCGUGUGUAUGACUACUAUAACCCUACUGUGGAAUGCGUGAAGUUUAUCCAUCCUCAGUUGGGCUCUGAUAUGUUGAGUACAAUCUGCGAAGGAGACACAUGCACAUGUGCUGCAGGCAGAUGUGCAGACCACCCAUCUACCAAACAAGUUGACUUUGAUGUGAGCAGGAUGAAGGAAAAGGCAUGUGCCUCUUCUGCACAUUUUGCCUAUGAAGUCCAAGUGACCGGUUUCAAGCGGAAAGCUGGUUUCCAGUCCAUCACAAUGGCCAUCCUUAAGCCAAUCAAACAAGGACUUGAUCGUGUCAGCGAUGGUGAUACUCGAACCUUCUGGAAAAGCAUGAACUGCGGCAAACCUGACAUCAAGAAGAAACGCUACCUUGUGAUUGGUUCUGGUGGGCUACCAAUCACGGAUGACAAUGGACUCCCAAGCUACAAGUACGUAGUUGAUGACAGGAUGUCCUUCUACGAGUGGCCCUCUGCUUCCAAAGUCAGAUCUGUCAAGAAAUGGAAGAGGAUUUUCGACAAUCUCAAAGCAUUCAAAGAUGACUUCCAAGAGAGGGGAUGCUCAACUUAGGCAAAACGGUUGCUGACUGUUGACAAUUGUAUUACCUGACUUUGCUUUGUUUGCCUUAAUAAUCAUGUAAUAGCUUCUGUCAAUCUACCUACAGUAUAUCUCAUAUCAUACCAUAUAAUAACCAUUGUACAUCUUGAUGGACUUUAUAUACUUUUUUAUUUUGUUGGGAUGUUUCGGAUGCGGGAAAGGCAGCAAGAUUGGGUCGUUCUGUCAGUUAUCUUUUAAAAGACGUGAGCAUUGAAAAUUUCAGACAAGCCCAUGUACUGUUUGUUUCAAAAGCAAACGCUUCAGCUGGAAAACUGUUUGAGUUGAAUGGAAUGUCCUAGGUUUUGACAUGGUUAUUCACGCCUUGAAUAUUGAAUCAAGACAUGAAUUAAUAAUAACGUGAUUGUAUUUUAAAGUUGUAUGUGUAAAGACAUUUUGCCAGUUGAAGUACUUUUUUUUUUAAAUACCUGCUCUGUAAUAUAUAACAAAAGUUUCAGCUUUAAAACAAGGUAUUGCAAUUCAUUCAUUGAUGUCAAUAUGAUAAUGAUACCACAUCCUUCCUUGACGUAAUGUUGUUAACUACAUGUACAUAAGGAAUGGGCCUAUUUGAUCUAACGUGCAUAGGCUUAAGGCCCCAUAAAUUACCGUGAAACCUGUUUAAACUUUGCAAGUAUUUCUUUGUGAGGAACAAGUUUGAUUUGAUGAAAUGAAAGACAUGUUGACGUGCUCAUAUUUCGGAAAUUUGUUUAUGUUUGUUUGAGAAAUCUCAUCAAUGUUAUAAUGACCUCUAGCUCGCCUCGGGAAAGUUGCAUGUGCAUAUGUAUUUUUUAGUUGUACUUAUACGCUUAUUGUCUUUUAGCUUUUCAGUUGUGAUUGCAUAAUGGCCAAAGAAAUUAAGAACUUCAUAUUCCUUUGCUCUCCUAAAACCAUAGUGUAAGUUUUGAUCACUCACGUUUUCACUUUCCAUGAGGAAGGCCUUCUUGAUAAUGGCUGGUUAUGUAAGUCAUAUUUACAUACGUUUUAAAACUAUUGGAUUAAAUGUAUACGGACCUAAUGCUUUAACCAUAGUGUUUUUCAUAUCUCUACAAAUAUUUUGAAAGCCAACUAUAUACGCAUAGAUAGUAAAGUAGUGAGGUACAGGGUUAUUUUUUCUUGCCAAAAUGCCUAAAUAUAGCGGCAAGAUUUUUUUGAUGUUGGCAUUCUUAGAGUUAUAUUGGAAACUACAUGUGCAUGGUUUGCUAACUCGGUGUGCACUUUGGAACCUUGAAUGUCACUACACUAUCAAUAAAAUAUACGGUGCUUUUGAUGACACUUGUA